AUGGCAGUUCUGGCCGCGGUGAGCGCCGGAGCCGGGCAGGGCAAGGAGUACCCCGGCGGGCUCACCCUCUACGUCCUCCUCACCUGCGCCGUCGCUGCCACCGGGGGCCUUAUCGUCGGCUACGACAUCGGCAUAUCCGGCGGCGUGACAUCCAUGGACGCAUUCCUGCACAAGUUCUUCCCGUCGGUGUACCGCAAGGAGCAGACGGCGCGGGGAGGCGGCAGCAGCCAGUACUGCAAGUUCGACAGCCAGCUGCUUACCGCGUUCACGUCGUCGCUGUACCUGGCGGCGCUCGUCGCCUCCUUCUUCGUCGCGUCCGUGGCGCGCUCCCUCGGCCGGAAAUGGUCCAUGUUCGGCGGCGGCGUCUCCUUCCUCGCCGGCGCCACCCUCAACGCCGCUGCGCAGGACGUCGCCAUGCUCAUCGUCGGCCGCAUCCUUCUCGGCAUCGGCGUCAGCUUCGCUGCUCUGUGCAUCCCGAUCUACCUGUCGGAGAUGGCGCCGCACCGCCUCCGCGGCACGCUGAACAUCGGCUUCCAGCUGAUGAUCACCGUGGGCAUCUUCUCCGCCAACCUCGUCAACUACGGCGCCGCCAAGAUCGAAGGCGGCUGGGGCUGGCGGCUCAGCCUCGGGCUCGCCGCGGUCCCGGCGGCCGUAAUCACCGUGGGCUCGCUGUUCCUCCCGGACACGCCAAGCUCCCUCAUCCGCCGCGGCUACCACGAGCAGGCGCGGCAGGUCCUCGCCCGGAUCCGUGGCGCCGACGUCGACGUGGCCGACGAGUACGGCGACCUCGUGGCGGCGGCCAGAGAGGCGUCCGGCGCCGUCGACGUCAGGCGCCCGUGGCAGGACAUCCUCGGGCGCAGGUCGUACCGGCCGCAGCUCACCAUGGCCGUCCUCGUGCCCUUCUUCCAGCAGCUCACCGGCAUCAACGUCAUAAUGUUCUACGCGCCCGUCCUGUUCAAGACGAUCGGGCUCGGAGGGGACGCGUCGCUCAUGUCGGCGGUCAUCACCGGGCUGGUCAACAUCGUCGCGACGUUCGUGUCCAUCGCCACCGUCGACGGGCUCGGCCGGCGCAAGCUCUUCUUCCAGGGAGGGUGCCAGAUGCUCGUCUGCCAGGUCGUCAUCGGAACGCUGAUCGGCGUCGAGUUCGGGGCGAGCGGAGACGGAGCCGCCAUCCCGAAGAACUCUGCGGCCACCGUCGUGGCGUUCAUCUGCAUCUACGUCGCCGGCUUCGCGUGGUCGUGGGGCCCGCUCGGUAUCCUGGUGCCCAGCGAGAUCUUCCCGCUGGAGAUCCGGCCGGCGGGGCAGGGCAUCAGCGUGGCCGUCAGCAUGCUGUGCAACUUCGCCGUCGCGCAGUCCUUCCUCCCGAUGCUCUGCCACUUGAGGUUCGGGCUCUUCUACUUCUUCGGCGGGUGGGUGCUCGUGAUGACGCUCUUCGUCGCCAUGUUCCUGCCGGAGACGAAGGGCGUGCCCGUUGAGAAGAUGGGGGCUGUGUGGAGGACACACUGGUUUUGGGGAAGGUUCGUCACUGAUAUGGACGGCCGUGAUGAAAACUGCGACUCCGCCUUCCACAAGGGCAAUGGCAUUGCUGUUAGAGAGCCGUAG